AUGAGGAAAAGAGGUCUUCCUGGAAUCCAGGGAAAACAGAAAACUGAAGUUACAGAACUGAGUCUGCCCUUCCCUAAAAAGAGAGUCCUCCUCUCUCAAGUUGUCUCUCUUUUAAGGGCCGUGCUUUUCAGGACUUUGCUUUUUAAUCAGCUUUAUUCUAGUUUUCUCUCAUCUCUACUCAAUUAUUCUGCUUAUUUUUCCACAGGGCCUCAGAUGGGAGCCCUGGCCUUGAUCUUGCAUGGCCUCAGGCUGCAGUGCAAACAGUUCAUUGACUACAAUCCUCCGAGUCUUUCAGAGUGA